CUCUGAUUUCCUCAUUCAGUCCGGCGAGGUGCACUUCUUUAUGAAACACCCAACAUACUUAAAUGCUCUGCAGGAGGACUCCUCUCAGCAAAGACCUUUCUUUCUGUUUUCCUUGAAGAGACAUAAACAUAAAUUCUUCCUUGUUGUCACUGAGAGUCCGAGGUUGUAGUUUGACAUCUCAACCAUUUUAAGAUGUGGUUGUGCAUUUUGAUCGGCCUUAACUUCAUCACCAUGGUGCUCGGGUUUGCAAGUCGUCCCUUCCCAGAGUCGUGUGGGUCAAUGUUACCCAAGCAUGUGGACAGAGGGACACUAGUUUCUCCUCAGACCACUAAACCACCCUUUGAGAUACAGUACGAACAAGGCAACAAUGACGAGCCAAUUACAGUUAUUCUUAAAAGCAAGCAAUCCACACACUUCCGGGGAUUUAUGUUGGAGGCCCGGGAGAGAGGGAAGGUGGACGAAGGAGUGCCUGUUGGCAAAUUUAUAAUACUUGAACCGAGUAAGACUGCACUCAUGACAUGCAAUGGGUCAGCAAACUCGUCUGUUACUCAAGUAAACAAUCAAAGACAGAGUUUGAUCAAAGUUAACUGGACAGCGCAGGGAGCUGAUCUUGACAUCGCUUUCAGAGCCACAUUUGUUGAGUCUUUUGAAACAUUCUGGGACCAAGUGGAUGUGAAUGUCACUUUUGUCGAGUCGAGUACUCCACAGCCAAGUCCUGCUACAAGUACCACAGAGUCAACUACUGGAACAAUUACUACAAGUACCACAGAGUCAACUACUGGAACAAUUACUACAAAGAUGACUACUACAACAAAUAAUAAUGCAAGCUCUCAACACUCACUGACUCGUGAGGAAGGAUGUAUUAUGUUGAUGUGCACCAACUGUUUGGUUGCGAUAUUGAUAAUGAUGGUCACCCUCCUCGACUACAUCUGUCUUGCUAUAGCUAAGUGGUUUAACAUAUCGAGCAGUGUGUUUUGUGCAGUACUUGAAAUAGCGGCCUUGGUCUUGAUUUUUGUUGGGGAUUACUAUGAUGUCACUCUCGCAGCUCUUGUGUGUGUGGUGACAGUGAUAAACUUAAUAGAGCUCAUAAUCGCCUCCCUGCCAUUAAUAUGUGACCUACAAAAGGGGAAAUGUGACAUUGCUGUGACAGUGUGUUCUCUACUCCAGGUGAUUUUUACAAUUGCCAUCAUGUAUGUUGGUGUUUUGAAGCUUGACGGCUGUGGGCAGACCAGGAUGGAGUCUUGGCCUCUGAGAGUGUUGAUCACAUACACAGUGUGGAUUUCCCUGUUCGUUGUCUGGGCUAUCAUAUUCAGAAAAACAAUACUGAAGAAACUUGAAAAAUGGAAACAACAUGAAGAGUGGGACAUCUGUGCAGCUAUGGUGAACGUUAUGGUUGUUCCGGUGGUCAUCGUCGUUGGAACCAUUUCCUUCACUGUAGCUAUCAUGGUUGGGAUAGCUACGUGUUAGAAAGAAAGCUCCCAGAUAUACUCGAAAAUCUGAAUCUAAUUAUAUUAGGUCUACACAUACAAGGAAUAUGUUUUGGUAAGAAGUUACCAAGAAGUUAAAAAUAUAAAAUUGGGGAACAGUAAACAAGUUUAAUAAACUCUCUGUUUUAUAUAUUUUAUAUCUAUUUUGUCACAAAUUUGUAGGUUCUCUACUAAAAAUACAAAUGUUGGCUUUUGAAAAGGUCAUAAAAAUGAAUAUUGAUCAUGUGAAACUGUUUUCAUGGGUGGUUCCUCUUGAGUUGAAAAUGCAGCACAUUUAUAAAUAACUUAUAGGGUUUUCUUAUUUAUUACAUUUCUCAUAUUAUUGAUCACAUUCUUAGAUUUUUCCAAUGCGUUCAACAUCAUCCAGCCAGUUCUUAUGAGGGAGAUUUUACUGCACAUCUUAUAUUCAUAGUCAUUUUCCUAACUUUACCUUUGCAAAAAACUACUACAAUUUUACACGCUUGUCUCUUUUGUUGUAUUUUGUAUGUGUAAUGCCCUUGACAUGCUGCUGUAAUGUAAUAAUUUCUCGAUAAAAGGAUCAAUAAAGUACAUCUAUCUAUCUAUC